AAAAUAUGUGACCCGGAAGUACUUUUUUUUUGUGUCGCUGACAGAGAAGGAGAUCUCUAGCGACUGGUUCGUGACUGUGAAAACAGAAAGAAAGCAAUUGUUGAGAUGAAUAGUGAAAACUUUUCCAUAAGUGAGAAGAUUGUGUCGCCAUCAUACAUUCGCCAGGGGUCACAGGCACGUCGCAGUCAUGAGCAACUGAUUAGACUGCUUUUGGAACAGGGCAAAUGUCCUGAGGAAGGAUGGAGCGAGAGCACAAUAGAACUUUUCCUGAAUGAACUGGCUGUGAUGGACAGCAACAACUUCUUGGGAAAUUGUGGCGUUGGCGAGAGAGAGGGCAGAGUGGCCUCUAGUCUGGUGGCCCGACGACAUUACAGGUUAAUCCAUGGGAUAGGACGAUCUGGGGACAUUGCUGCAAUUCAACCCAAGGCUACAGGUUCCAGUCUGCUGAACAAGCUGACUAAUUCAGUUGUGCUGGACAUUUUAAAACUUUCAGGUGUGCGAAGUGUGACCAGUUGUUUCGUAGUUCCAAUGGCAACAGGGAUGAGCCUGACACUGUGCUUCCUAACACUUCGCCACAAGAGACCAAAGGGGCGCUACAUCAUCUGGCCCCGCAUUGACCAGAAGUCCUGUUUCAAAGCCAUGAUCACUGCAGGGUUUGAACCAGUGGUGGUUGAGAACAUUUUGGAGGGUGAUGAGCUGAGAACAGAUAUGGAAGCUGUGGAACGUAAGGUGCAAGAGCUGGGAGCAGAGAACAUCCUUUGCAUCCACUCCACUACUUCUUGCUUUGCCCCACGUGUUCCCGACAGAUUGGAGGAGCUAGCCACUAUGUCUGCCAAAUAUGAUAUCCCCCAUGUUGUCAACAAUGCUUAUGGAGUGCAGUCAUCCAAGUGUAUGCACCUUAUUCAGCAGGGAGCUCGUGUUGGAAGAAUCGAUGCCUUUGUACAAAGCCUGGACAAAAACUUCAUGGUUCCAGUAGGUGGUGCCAUAAUUGCAGGUUUCAAUGAGUCUUUCAUUCAGGAGAUCAGCAGAAUGUAUCCAGGUCGCGCAUCAGCCUCACCCUCCCUAGAUGUGCUCAUCACCCUGCUCACCCUGGGAGCCAGCGGCUACAGGAAACUCCUGGCAGAGCAGAAGGAGAUGUACACCUACCUGGCACAGGAGCUGAAAAGGCUUGCUGCGGCUCAUGGGGAGAGACUGCUGCACACCCCACACAACCCCAUAUCACUGGCCAUGUCUCUGGAUGACCUCCAGACACAGAGCGGCAAGUCUGUGACUCAACUGGGCUCCAUGCUGUUCACCAGGCAGGUGUCUGGGGCCAGGGUGGUUGCCCUUGGUAACAAACAGAUGGUGAGCGGUCACAUGUUCUCUGGCUUCAUGUCCCACUCAGAGGCGUACCCACACCCCUAUCUCAAUGCCGCCUCGGCUGUUGGCAUCACACGGGAUGACGUGACACUCUGCAUCAAAAGACUGGACAAGUGCCUGAAGAGCCUCAGGAAGGAAAGCAGUGCAAGAAGUGGUUCACCAAUACCUCUCACAGGCCAGGAGGACCAUGCUGGAGAGUGAAUAAAAAUAUGUAGGGAAAAAGUGCUCAUGUACUUUUUCAGAUAGUAACAUUUUAUGCCUAGUGAAAAUCUUCAAACCCCUUGCUUUCACAUUUGUCAUAUUUUGCUGCCUGAAAUGUGAAUCUUAAAAAGGAUUACAAUUACAGAAAUCUUCUCAAAUUAUUUAAAAAAAACAAAGAUGUAUUAUUAAUUGUAUUAUUAAUAUUAUAUUAUUAAUUGUAUUAUUAAUUGUGGCGGGGCAGCAGGGUAGCAAGGUACAAAUAUGUCGUUCUGCCCCUGAACAGGCAGUUAACCCACUGUUCCUAGGCCGUCAUUGAAAAUAAGAAUUUGUUCUUAACUGACUUGCCUGGUUAAAUAAAGGUUAAAAAAAAAAAUAAUAAUAAUAAAAAAUUGCAUAGGUCUUCACACCUCUUGCUGUGGCAUAUCUAAGUAAGUUCAGGAGCAAAUAAAUGUGACACCUGGAAAACAAGUUCUGUGUGACUAAUGCUAUUUGCUUGUACAGAUUUACACUGAUAUGUUAUCCAAUGUCUGUAUGAAUUGGUUGCAUUCAUUGAAGACUCCACUGAUCAUAAUGACAUUGAGGCAAUGGUGUGGUCUAUAUAAAGUACCAUGUGAAAGUAUUCACGCCCCUUGACUUUCCCACAUGUUUUUGUUACAGCAUGAAUUUCAAAUGGAUGUACAUUUUUUCGUCACUAGUCUACACACAAUACCCCAUAAUGUCAAAGUGGAAUUAUGUUUUUAGACAUGUUUACAAAUGUAAUAAAAAAUGAAAGGGUUGA